UGCUUUCUAUUAUCUUUGGGGUUUAGGGUGAAGAACUGAAAGACAUCAAAGGUGAAGAAGAAGAGAGGUUGGUGAGUGGAGAUCAGCAGUCUAUGGUGGAGGGGGAGAUGAUUAUGGAAAGUAAACAGGAGGAAUCUUCUCUCUAUAUAGAUCAGGAUGAAGAACUGAAAGACAUCAAAGCUGAGAUCAAAGAGGAAGAAGAGUCUUUGGUGAGUGGAUCUCAGCAGUCUAUGGAGGAGGGAGGUCCUAUGUAUUCCCGGAAUUCCACACAGGAGGAUCACACCAUCCCUCACCAUCAUCAGGUUGAAGAACUGAAAGACAUCAAAGCUGAGAUUAAAGAGGAAGAAGAAGAAGAAGAAGAGAAGUUGAUGAGUGGAGAUCAGCCGUCUUUGGAGGAGGGUUGUCCUCUGUAUUCCCGGGAUUCCACACAGGAAGAUCACACCAUCCCUCACCAUCAUCAGGGUGAAGAACUGAAAGACAUCAAAGGCGAAGGUAAAGAGGAGGAAGAAGAGAGGUUGGUGAGUGGAGAUCAGCAGUCUAUGGAGGAGGGGGAGAUGAUUACGGAAAGUAAACAGGAUGAACCUUCUCUCUAUAUAGAUCUUCAUGGACACUGUGUACGGAAUAUGAACACCUCAGAUGGACACUGUGUACGGAAUAUGAACACCUCAGAUGGACACUGUGUACAGAAUAUGAAUACCUCAGAUGAACACUGUGUACGGAAUAUGAAUACCUCAGAUGGACACUGUGUACGGAAUAUGAACACCUCAGAUGGACACUGUGUACGGAAUAUGAACACCUCAGAUGGACACUGUGUACGGAAUAUGAACACCUCAGAUGGACACUGUGUGCAAAAUAUGAAUACCUCAGAUGGACACUGUGUGCAAAAUAUGAAUACCUCAGAUGGACACUGUGUACAGAAUAUGAAUACCUCAGAUGAAGAUCUUAUUUUAUUUCCAGGUUAUGGACAAGUUAAUGGGACAGCACAUUCGCCAAGAACAAAUUCCUUUGGUCAAAAUAUACAUCACAGACCAUAUUGUUUGGCAAAAUCAAUGGAUCCAUCUAAUCCUGAGGUUCAUAAUAUGACUUCAGAUUCUCAUCUAAAAAUUCACAGUGUGGGUAGAUCAACAGAUCCCUCUAGUAAGUCUUCUUUAAAUCAUGAAGGAGAUCGUAUAGCAGGCAAUUCAUUGUCAUGUUUAGAGUGCGGGAAACCUUUCACUGACAACAGAGCCCUUCUUAGACACCAGAGAACUCACACACGUGAACAUCUUUCUUCCUCAUUGGAGUGCGGGGAUUUUUCCACAAAGAAAGGAGACUGUUCUACAGACCAGAUAAAUUGCAUAAGUGAGCAUCCCUUUUCCUGUUCAGAGUGUGGAAAAUGUUUCAACAGGAAAGGAAAACUUGAUAGACACCAGAGAAUUCAUACUGGUGAACGUCCUUUUUCAUGUUCAGAGUGUGGGAAAUGUUUCACGCACAAAGAGAACCUUCUUAGACACCAGAGAAUUCACACAGGUGAACGUCCUUUUCUGUGUUUAGAAUGUGGGAAAUGUUUUGCUAAGAAAGAAAAACUUAUUUCGCACCAGAGAACUCACACGGGCGAGCGUCCUUUUGCUUGUCCAGAGUGCGGGAAAUAUUUUACUCAGAAAAAAGUCCUCCUUGUACACCAGAGAAUUCACACAGGUGAGCGUCCUUUUUCCUGUUCUGAGUGUGGGAAAUGUUUUACAGCGAAAGGAGGCCUUCUUAGACACCAGAGAAUUCACACACAUAAGCGUCCUUUUUCCUGUUCAGAGUGCGGAAAAUGUUUCACUCAGAAAGAAAUCCUCAUAAUACACCAGAGAAUUCACACAGGCGAACGUCCUUUUUCCUGUUUAGAGUGCGGAAAAUGUUUCACAGAGAAAGGAGGUCUUCUUAGACACCAGAAAACUCAUACACAUGAGCGUCCUUUUUCUUGCUCCGAGUGUGGGAAAUGUUUCAUUGUGAAAGAAAAACUUCUUAGACACCAGACAACUCAUACACAUGAGCGUCCCUUUUCCUGUUCAGAGUGCGGAAAAUGUUUUACUCAGAAAAGAAUCCUCCUUAUACACCAGAGAAUUCACACAGGCGAGCGUCCUUUUUCCUGUUUAGAGUGCGGGAAAGGUUUCACAGACAAAGGAGGCCUUCAUAGACACCAGAAAAUUCAUACACAUCAGCGUCCUUUUUCCUAAUCUGAGUGCUGGAAAUGUUUUAAUAAGAAAAUAGAACUUUUUAUACACCAGAAAAGUCACACAGGUGAGCACCCUUUCAAAUGUUCAGAGUGUGGGAAAUGUUUCAUGCAAAAAGGAGACCUUCCUACACGUAAGAAAAUUCACACGGACGAACGUCUGCUUUUCUAUUUUGAGUGUGGAAAAUAUUUUACUCAGAAAAGCAUAAUACUUACAUAAGAGAAUUCAUGAGGGUGACUAUUAUUUUUCAUAAACUUCUUGGAAAGAAAGCUUGGUUGGACACCAGAAAAUUCACUGCUGAAAAGCAAAGAAUCCUUUCUGUAUACAGAAGGUAAACCUUUUUUCCUUAAAGAACACACUGUCUGUGCUGCCCUGACUCCAGACAGAGAACUUCACAUCACUCAGUAAGGAAAAGAUUAUGAAACCUGAACUGUUGACAGUAAGAAUAUCAUCGAUGUAUCUAUUCCACAACCCAAUGGUUCCAGCAAUGGUGUUGAAGGUAUUCUUCCAGUUUUCUGUGAGGCCGUAUAUUUGCGUAUCCUCCAUUGUUUCGGGUGAUGCGCCACAUGGUGUGCACCCAGCACAGAGACCAGGAUCUCACGGACAGCCCCGGGCCCGUAUUAAUGAUCAGGACCUGGAACUCCCGAUUCCAGACCACCUGAUUGCUUUGAUAGUCUCUGGUUGGUUAUCACAGUGAUCAGUCACUGAAGCCCGCCCCCCAUUUUUUUUUGUGUGAAUGAAGGAGAGAGAUAGGUAGUCUGGCCAUGGUGUUAGACCUGCGACAUGAAGCUGUCUUCUACAACCUCACCUUAGUAGCAGAGUUUGGCUGUUCCUCACCUAGUUUUUGAAAUGUAAUCUAUUUUUUUUUUUAACAGAGGUAAUCUUUAUUUUUAAGUUUAACCUCUUCACGCCCACUGCAUGCAAAUAUCAGAUAGCCAAUCAGAAGCUAUCACCGUGAUCAGUCACUGUUAAGCCUGCCCUCCCAUUUUUUUCAUUGUGAAUGGAGGAGAGAGAUACAUAGUUUUUCCAUGGUGUAUCACCUGUGACAUGAAACUGUCUUCUACAACAUCACCUUUGUAGCAGAGUUUGGCUGUUCAUCGCCCAGUUUUUUAAAUGUAAUCCUUAUUUUAAGUUUAACCCCCUUUAUGCCGACCGCACGCAUGCAUAUAUUCGGCCCCACUGAACUGGGCUUUUUUCAGUGGGGCUGCAUAUAUGCAUAUCUCCCUUUGUGCUGGGAGCGCAUCACACAGCGCACUCCAUGCACAGAGAUCGCGGUCUCACUGAGAGCCCCGGGCCCCAUACUAAUGAUCAGGACCUGAAUCUCCUGAUUCCAGGUCACCUGAUCGCUGUGAUAAUCUCUUCUUCCUUGUGUGUGUGUGUUGUAUCAAUAGGUAGGAUAAAAAAAAUGCUAUUCAUGCUAUUCUUGGAGAGAAAGCCUGGCUAGACACCAGAAAAUUCACUGCUGAAAAGCAAAGAAUCCUUUCCGUAUAGGGAGGGUGAACCUUUUUCCCUCCAAAAAUACACAGUCUGGUCUGCCCUGACUCCAGACAGAGAACUUCACAUCAUUCAGUAAGGAAAAGAUGAUGAAACCUGAACUCUUGACAAUAACAACGUCAUCAAUGUAUCUACCCCACAACCCAAUGGUUACAGCAAUGCUGGCGAAGGUAUUCUUCCGAUGCCGAAGGGAAGAAAGCAUGAAAAUAGGAGUAAAACAGCAUGGUGAGCUGACCAUAGACACAAUAAUAUUGUUCCAGAUUCUCACCCAGUUUUAUGCCUCCUACACAGCUGUUUCCGCUUCAUGGAAUGACUGCGUUUCAACCUACAUAUGCAAUUGAUGAUCAUUAGCACCUGCUUGGCAUAAUUAAUUAAUCAUACAUCUGACUCCAAUCCUACAAAAUCCCUGACUGUGUGAGUUUGCUCACUUUGCAUUUUGUAAAAUUUAUAAAAAAAAAAAACAAUUAAAUAUAUAUUUUUGAAAUCAUUUUUACUUUACAGCAUUUCUUCACACCAAAUAUUGAUUGAUUUCAUUUGAAAUUCUCUCCUCUUCAGUCACUUUCUAUUUUGUUCAAUGA